AACAAUUUCAAAUACACUUUUUAUUUUCAGUUGAUGUUUCAAAUUGGACGCUUCCUCAGACAUAUUCUCAAGAAAGUUGGUUGAAAUCAUAUAGGAAAAGUGCAGAAAGGCGUUAUGAAUGUAAUAUUUGCCUGAAAUCAUUCAAAAAGUCCAGCCACCUUAAAAGUCAUAGCAUGAUUCAUACUGGGGAGAAGCCGUAUGGAUGUGAAAUUUGCCAAAAGACAUUUAGACUAAGGCAUCACCUGUAUAAACAUAAAGAAAACAUUCAUAAGAUUUGGAUAACUUCUGCUGGCUCCCAAUUGACAAUGCCCAAAUAUGGUUAUCAAUGACAUCACAGAGAAGAGAAAUUGUAUGGGCAAGAUAAAGGGGUCAUAGGCUUCAACAUAUGUUUACAGAAGAUCCCAACUGAGAAAAUUUAUUUUAAAGUGCAUUAUGGUUUCAUUAAGAACUGGAAAAUACCUUUUUAUUAUAAAGGAGUGAUAGCAUAUUUGAAUUGUAAUAAAGAACCCUGUUUCAUUCUUUAUUGGAUUUAAAAGCAUUCAUUUAUGAACCUACCCAUCCUGAAUAUAUACCUGGGCUUCACCCCUGUGCAUUUUGUGUGUACAAGUACUCAUAUUUUAAAAUUUCCAGUAAAGAAUGAUACAGAAUUCUUUAUUCUUUUAUAAUGAAUUAUUGGUAAAUACAUUAAUUGAAGUGAGGAAUAAAUAUAUCUAUAACUACAGUAACUUCUUUGAACUGCC